CUAGUUUCAUUCCAGCAGCGAACGUGGAGCAAGUUGGUUGUGUCGCGCUUCGUUACGGUCUUUCUCACUCUCGCUGUCUCUUUUGCGCCGCUAGUGGUUCAUUUUCGUGUUUGUUUUGGCUCUUGUGCAGCCUAGCCUGCUUUAUACGCAAAAAGGAAAAGAGAAGGAAAACAGUUUAAGGCUUUGUGCAAACCAUAAAACUAACGACUGCACAAAAACUUGUGUAAACAAACAACAAAAACGAAGCAAACAAUUACAAAAAUAAUAAAAAUAAAAAUAAAGAAAUAAAACAUUAAACCGUCUUACGAAUUUUCGCAAGUUGAACUCGUCUAACGGAUUUUUAAGGCACUUGGCAAACAUUUUUAUAGCGAUUUUUUCGCAUUCGCUACUCGUUUUAGCAGUUUUUUUUGGAAGGAAACGAAAUACCAUUUUAUGCGUUAUUUGGAAAAUCGCUUGUGCUAUGCUCUUGGACGCGGAACAUCAUAAUCAUCAACCCAAUAAUCAUAAUCAGCUGAGAGCAAACUGUGACACCAGCAACAUCGACAGCAGCAACAACAACAGAAGAGAGCAACAAUUCGUAGUAUGCGGCUCUUCAAAGCGCGCAAAUCAACGGACACUUACAGCACAUUAAGCGCCGCUCAACAGCACCAACAACAACAGCAGACGAGCAACACCAGCAGCAGCAGCAGCAAGCAGUAUAAAAGCAGCAACAGCAACAGCAAUCGGGCAACAAUAUGCAGCAGCAGAUUCAGCAAGAGCAUUGCCAGCAGCACAGCGAUAUCCUCAUCGUUGCCUGAUCUGCACGAUAAGUCGCCCGUCAUGAUACUCAGUUGCACAACGCUGACAAGCAAUGGCGCUGCUGCCACAGCGACAGUGACAGCAGCAGCGGCAACAACAGUUGCUGCCGCUUCAGCAACAGCAACUACAAAUGGCAGCAAUAAUGUGCAGCCUCUACGCACGGCCACGCCCACAUGUUUGUUAAGUGGACGCCAGACGCCAUCCGGGCUAUCAAUGCUCUCCUUGCAGGAGUCGAAUACACUGCACAGGCAACAGCAACAGCAGCAACAGCAACACCAGCAACCAACAAUUUUUGUGCCCAAUAAACUGAGCAACAAUAGCAGCGCAGCCAACUUUCUGCUCAGCUACUCAAGCAGCAGCAACAUUAACAGCAUCCAGCAGCAACAGCAGCAUCAACAACAGCAGCAGCAUCAACAACAGCAGCAACACUAUCAGCAAUAUGUGGCACAGCGUCUGCAUCCUGCAGCGUCCAACGGCUGCCUAUAUGACAAGUCGAGCCUAAAUGGUUCAUCUGGCUGCAAUUCGAAUAGCAACAGCAUCAACAUCUCACUGACCGCCAAUGGGCAUAUGCCCGACUACAAGCUGGUGACGGCCGUGCCAGUCGUUGUCCUGGAUGAUGAGCAGAAAUUGGUAUCGACAGCUGCGGACACAAAUAGCGAUGCUGGCAGCAGCAUUAGCACGGGCAGCGCCACCUCCUUGGCCAGCACCACGCGAAAUGUGUUCACCUGGGGCAAGCGCAUGAGCCGCAAACUGGAUUUGCUGAAGCGCAGUGAAUCCCCCGCCGCCGCCCACAAAUCGCACACAGAUCUGCGCAGCUUGUUUCACUCGCCAACGCACAAGUCUAGCAAUGCGAAGACAUCAGCAACGCCUACUGGAGCUUAUCAAAGCAGUACGCUUAAAAAGUGCAAGUCGGGACCAAUUGAAACGAUCAAGCAGCGUCAUCAGCAUCAACAGCAACAGCAGCAACAACAGCAACAUCAGCAGCAACAGCAACAACAGCAGCAACAUUUCCAGGAUUCGAACAGCAAGGGCCAGAGCCAGAGCGCACAAUCAACGCCGACGCAUCAGUAUCAACAUGGACCAGUGACACGCCCACAGAAGGCAUUGAAGAAUUUCUUUCAUCGCAUUGGCUCCACAGGCAUGCUGAAUCAUCGUUCGCAUAAUCUGCUGAAAGCUUCCGAGGCAUCGCAGCAGUCAACACCAACUAGCCAAACGCUCUAUCGCAGCAGCUCCACCAGCCAAUUGUCCAGCUGCUCCUACAUCAAAUGCGAUGAUCCCACCGAAGGCUUAAAUCUGCAAAGCCAACAGCAGCAGCGACAACACUUACUGCAGCAGCAGCAACAGCGCGCGCCACGCAUUUCCAAUCUCAAGUCGAGCAGUUGCGACGAUAUUGCCAAGGUGAGCAGCUGCCUUAUCACCAGCAAUAGCAGCAGUAGCAAUGGCAGCGACAGUGUGGGCGUAGGCGGAGGUGGGCUGGCAACCAAUGCAGCGAACAACAGCAGCAACAGCAGCAGUCAGCAGGAUGCCAGCCGUCGGAAUGCCUUUCCUUAUGCAUUUUUGCGCUCACGACUUUCGGUGCUGCCCGAAGAGAAUGGCGGCUCUGUGCUGUUGAAGCAUCAGCAACAACAACAGCAGCAGCAGCAGCAACAACAACAACAACAGCAACAACAUCAACAAUUUCAACGGGAUGCGAUUUCGGCUCAUGGUGGAUCGCCGUUGCCGCAGCGUCACUCGCCGGAGCAACAAAUGGCGAACGUGUCGCGCAAUGACAGCAUCACGUCCAAGGACUGGGAACCACUUUACCAAAGAUUAAGUAGUUGUCUAAGUUCAAAUGAGUCGGGCUAUGAUAGCGAUGGUGGCGGCGGUAUCGCUGGUGCUCGUCUGUGCAAUAAUCUUAGCAUCUCGGCCGGAGAUACAGAAUCUAUUGCCUCGGGUACACUUAAGCGCAAUUCGCUUAUCUCGCUCAGCUCCUCGGAGGGCGUCGGCAUGGGCAUGGGCCUGGGCUCAGGGUCCUCUGUGCGCAACAGCAUUUGCAGUGCACCCGUCUCCCUAGGCGGCUAUAACUAUGACUAUGAAACGGAGACAAUUCGACGCCGCUUCCGACAACUGAAGUUGGAGCGAAAAUGCCAAGAGGAUUACAUUGGACUUGUCCUGUCGCCAAAAAUGGUUGUCACCAACAACAAUGAGCAGCAAUAUCGAUAUUUGAUUGUUGAGCUGGAACCAUACGGCAUGGCGCAAAAGGACGGACGCCUGCGCCUUGGCGACGAGAUUGUCAAUGUGAAUGGCAAGCAUUUGCGUGGAAUCCAAUCGUUCGGCGAGGUGCAACGCCUGCUCAGCUGCUUUGUGGAGAACUGCAUUGAUCUGGUCAUAGCACAUGAUGAGAUAGCCACUGUAACUGAUUUCUAUACCAAAAUACGCAUUGAUGGCAUGAGUGCGCAACGUCAACGGCUCAGCUAUGCCCAGCGGGCGGACAGCCUGAGCAGCCUGCAGAGCCUGCAGCUGAAUGCGGAGCAGGAACGGGUUAGGGCACAGGAGGAAACCGAACUGGAUGAAGAUCAGUGCGAUGCACGUUCGCUGGCCAGCGUCAGUACGCUACCCACGCCGAUGCCAUUGAUGCAACAUCGUCGCAGCUCAACGCCCCGACACUCGCUGGAUGUGAGUGCGUCGGAGUACGAGCUAUUGCGACGUAGAGCGCGCAGCUCCUCAGGUCAGCGUAGCUUGGCUCUAACACCAACACCGCUCUUUAACCAACAACCAACCAAUGACACCUCCUCCAUAUCAACAACCAAUCUUAACACCAAUAACAACGACUCGUACACACCAGUGUAUACGAAUCGAGCAGCCAGCGUCUGUGUGGCCUCCUCGCUGGCGGAUGAUGAGAAAUGGCGGCUGCUGGCACGCAAGCGCUGCUCCGAAGGUGCUGCACUGUCCACCGAACCAGGCGCAGGCGCUGCCUCGGGCUCGGGCUCAGGUUCCAGCCAACAGUUUGGUCAGCGUACGCACUAUGCACGCAAUUCCAUUAAUUUAACCAAUUCACAUUAUCGCUCGCUGAGAUUUGCGCACUCGCGUCUCAGCUCAUCGCGUCUCAGCUUGUUCAUGCAGACGCCAUCAACAGCAGCAGGAGCUACAACCACUGACACUCCAACAACAACAACAACAACAACUGAUCUCACUAAUAAUACACAACAACAACAACAACCACAACAAUCCCAACAACAACAGCAACAACACCAUUCAUUAUAUAUCAAGCACUCGCCAAAAAACGUUUCACUGUUUGCGCCUAAUCCAUUUAUACCACCCUCAUCCUCAUCAUCAUCAACAGCAGCAGCAACAGCAGCUGUAAACAGCUCCUUGGCUCCACCAGCUGCUUCGCUAAUGCAUCAUCGUCCAUCGCUGCCAGUGGCAAAGCUAACGAUACGCGAUGAGGAAAUGGCAGAAGUCAUUCGCGCCUCAAUGAGUGAGGGCAACGGACGCUGCACCCAAAAGACAAUUACGUUCUUCAAAGGACCCGGUCUAAAAUCGUUGGGCUUCAGCAUUGUGGGCGGACGAGACUCACCCAAAGGCAAUAUGGGAAUAUUCGUUAAAACUGUCUUUCCCUCCGGCCAAGCUGCCGACGAUGGCACGCUGCAAGCGGGCGAUGAGAUUGUGGAAAUCAAUGGACUCUCUGUGCAGGGCAUGAGUCAUGCUGAGACAAUUGGACUGUUCAAAAAUGUGCGUGAGGGCACAAUUGUGCUGAAGAUCUUGAGAAGAAAACUACAAAAAGCAAAGUCCAUGGGCACAUAAAAGAAUAUAUAUACAAAUAUAUAUAUACUUAUACAUUCAUAAAUCCAAUCUUCAUAUCGACUGUACGUGUAUCAUUUGUUAAUACCUGAGCAGCAGGAUAUCAUUUGUUUGACCCAUCCAUGAAUGUACAUAGACCAAUUCAAUGUAAUAUUAGUUACCCUGCCUUCAUAUAUGUACCUUUACCAACAUACAUAGAUAAUAUGUGUAUGUCAUUAGAUUUAUAUAAAGAUAACUAUACAAAAUGAUUUGUAUGAAGCAACACACAUUCAAACCUAAUUUAAUUGCAAGCUAUACUUGAAGUAAUUUAAUGGAAUUAAUCAUUUUAAAUUAUAUGCAUAAUCUAAGCUAAGCAUCCAAAAUGUUGUACAAUUUUUCGAAAAUAAAAAUGCCUACAAUAAAAUGCGUACCUAUU